UGGUGGUGGUGGUGAGUGCGGGGUGAGGGAGGUAAGAACCUAGAUGGCGGAGCAACACACUAAGUGUUCCUGGCUGCCUUCUUCUCUUCCUCCACCGCCCCGCCCUUACAAUGGACACCCACCAUGCUACUGCUCACACCACAACACACACACCAAAACCUCUCGUCUUCACCAAGAUGGAGGCGCUAGUGAGGGAGAUGCAGGAUCCAGAGACUGGUGUGCCAAUAAGAAGCCAAAAACUCUUCCUUACCUCUAUACCAUCUGCCUUCAUGGCGUCGCAGUCACUUGUUGCAUCUGUGGCCACUCCGGCGUGUGUGCCUCGGAGCGAGCAGAGCGCCAUAUUCAAGGGAUACGAUCUCAUCGAGUGGCUGCUGGAGCGUUUAGAGAUAGAAGAUUCAGCUGAGGCCAUCCACCUUGCCAACCUGCUGUGUCAGUACGGAUACUUCUUCCCUGUAGGAGAGUCACGAUCACUCAUCGUCAAGGAUGACUCUUCCCUCUACAGGUUCCAGAUAUACCAGGCAGAAAAACAGAUAUACCUUUUCAAAAUAACAGAUAUACCAGGUCGAUUAACAGUUACCAGGUAUCCCAAAGUCAAAAUAUCAGAUAUACAGGUCAAAAAAACAGAUAUCCCAGGUCAGAAUAACGGGUAUCCAGAUCAGAUAAUAGUAUCCCAGGUCAGAAUAACAGAAAUACCAGGUCACAAUAACAGAUAUACCAGGUCAGAAUAUCAGAUAUACCAGGUCAGAAUAACAGAUAUACCAGGUCGGGAGUCUGAAGAGAGACACUCACUGCAGGUCAAGCUGGCUAAGGACAGGAAGAAAGGGGACAAGAUAGUUACGGACUCGCAGGAGAGGGCUUACUGGAGGGUUUACCGCCCUCCACCAGGCUUCACCAACUGUCUUGAGACGGCGCCAGUUCCGGACAAGACCAACAUGGCCAACAGGGUCAGGAAAAAAACAGUCGACGAUCUGAAGAAAGAUAACGACUUCCUGGCAUCAGCGGUGGAUCGCACCAGACAAAAGGUAUCGCAAGCGGCCGAGUCUCUAUUGACCCACUCUGAGACCUACUAUGAGUAUGAUCCAUUCCUCACCUUGCCUCAACCCUCCAACCCCUGGCUCACUGACGACCCUACCUACUGGUCGCUCAAUGAUACGAUAGUUGACGUCCCGACAGAGAAGAGAGUACGUCGCUGGGGCAUAACCAUGGAGGAGCUCAUCAACGAUGUCAUGGGUCAGACGGAGUUUACUGCUUACUUAAGGAAGGAGUUUAGCCAUGAGAACAUUCGCUUCUGGCAAGCGGUAAAUGAACUCAGGUGGGGACCUGCAGCCAGCGUUGCUGAAAAUGUACAGAAUAUUUAUGAGGAAUUUUUGAAGCCUGGGGCGCCUUGUGAGAUCAACAUUGAUGGCAAGACGAUGGAGUUGACUCAGCAGAUGAUGAAGCAGCCUUCACGGUACACCUACGACCUGGCCUCAGAGCAUGUGUACAUCCUGCUGCUCAAGAAGGACUGCUACCCAAGGUUUCUGCGCUCCGAGCAAUAUAAGACACUUCUUGCCAAUGCCAUCCAGCCUUCACAGAAGAAGAGGCCCAACUCCAUGCUGGUCCGCCUCAUGGCCCCUUCCUUGAUGCUAGCCCCGGGGCCCGAAGGUCGCGCCAGUUUGCAGAUGUUCUUCAGUUUUGGUGGUCCUGGCAAGAAGAAGGUAUCUACUGUUGCUUCAGCAGCUGCCAACAAUAUCUCACUGUCGCAGACACCUCAACCCCUCAAGCGUCAUGGCUCUGACGACCAGGCAGUGGCGCUGACGGGGCUGGCACCCCACGGCAGCACCGGCUCUGUGGGUGAGGCGGGUGGCACUGGUAUUCAUCAAGGUGGAUCAUCAGGGUCAUCCAACAAACUGGACUGUGAUCCACCAUACAGGGGUGAUCUUCCCAGUGCGAGAUUUGUAGGACAGAACAAUACUGUGGGGUUGAGCUAUUGUUCAGAGAGGCAGAGCGCAGGAGGGGUGGAGGUGAGCCAGAGUAACACUGUGUGUCCCUGGGACUCCAGUAGCGAAGCCUCAGCUGCCAACAUCUGCCCCUGGGAGACCACCGUACCACCCUCAACACGCACUCAGGUCCCACCUAAACCUCAAGAACAACGACUGGGACACCCAAAGGCUCGACCUGAUCGUUCUAAAUCAGUAGAUGUGAGUUCCCUCAGCAAAAGACAUGGGUCAGUAUCCGUGGCGCCCAGUCUGGUUCCAAUACUUACUGAAGGACAUACCACUGCCUCUAUCUGCCCUUGGGAGGGUCAAGAACUUCCCAAUCGUACUACUGAAAAAUCUAAAUCCAUUGAUGUGGAUGUCUGUCCAUGGGAGACAAAUGAGCAAGCUAAAAAAACUUCAAUUACUUCGGCCCCCGGGAUGAUAGCCAGUGAUGCAGUGAACAUCCACUCUUCAACAACACCUCUACGAGUGCACCAAGAAUAUGGUGAUAUGUCUGUUAAAGUAUUUACAAGCACGGGGGCAGCUUUCAUAUCAAGAGACUGGGGAGGUAAAGAUGGCUCACGGCCACCAUGCGAAAGAAAUAUCUCUAUUCAAGUAUGUCCAUGGGAAGAGGUAGUAGAAGAAGAGCCCCCAGGACCAGAAAAGUACAAUACCAGCACAACCAGUGAAAGCCCAAAGGGCAGACAGCUUAGUGAAGAGAGUGAGAACCCACACGUCAGACAACUGAGUGAAGAAAGUGAAGGCAAACUAGAUCAAGUUACAAAGCCAAAAGAAAAAUAUUUAAGUAUGAACAUAGGAUCCGCGGCACAUAGUGAAAGUUACAAACCAGAGAGUGUAUCCAUGCCGGGAGGGCUUGAGCCCCGCCCAGGCAUCACCAGCGAAGGAACCUCGUCACCAUCUUCAACUUGUUCCUCAUCCAGUUACAGUGACUCGCGCCGCAUCAAAAUUGACUACACCGUAAGGUCAGGUCACCUACCAGGUCAGUACGGUCUGCCACUCAUCAGUUCGGCAACUAGUGUGACCUCCUUGAGCCAGGAGGCUCAGCAUGGGCAUGUAAGCACCACCCUAGGCAGCGGGAACACCAGCACCACCAGUAGCAGCAGCAGUACUGGAGGUCAGCACACAGCUGUGAGGGCUGAGUCCCCACGAGCUGCUACUGAUAGACUUUCGUGUCCUGCUGAAGUAGGGAGUAAGCCUGCCUCUCCCAAAGUGGCAAGCAACGUAGUGGCGCCUUGGGAGGACAACCCCCCACAGAAGAUGACAGACAUCUGUCCUUGGGAGGAUGAGGAAAGCUGUAAAGUGGAUACACCUUUUGUGAAGACCUACGCAACACUUGGUUACUUGUAGCAGCGGUAACAAGAACUAGAUGUUAAGUGUUUGUGGCUGGCACUGUGUAGGUGUGCUGAACUAGGCCUGGGCACGGUGAGGGAGGUACAAGACUAGCGGGGACCCCAGGGGUAUCUAGAAACAAUGCCCUUCCGAGUGAGGAGAAGAAUGAUAUGGGUCGACAGGUCUGGAUCCAGUGACUGAUAUGGAUGAGCAGAGGAGACAGGCAGGCACAGAGGGACAGCAUCUGGUUCAUCACACGUCCCCCUGAAGCCGAGUGUCCACAACUGAGCCCUUGCAAGACACCGCCAGGGGUGCGUGUGUCACUCUAGAUGGCAGAAAGAGUGUAAUGAAAGCUAAAGCCUGGAGGGCAGUGCAGCCCUAAAAACAUGCUAGCGCCAGGGAGGAAGACAGUGAUGCUGCCAAGUUCCUCGCGUGGGGCCUGCUAAUCGAGGCGGCUCCCACAAACCUAAAGACGCUCAUUGAUAAUCUCAAGCAAGAUAAGACUUUUUAAAAAAGUCCAAACUAUAGUUAAUUCAGAGAAUCGUUACUAUGACAGAGGCGUAAACAGGAAGAAGUGGAAGCCGGCUCGGUAAUUUGAGAGGAUGGGUCAGACCCCCGUGAAUGUUAUCAACUGAACUGGCGAGCCUUGCAUCCUCCACUCUGGCAUGGAUCAUGGGUUUAGAUGGUCACGGACUGGCUUGUCGAUGUGCUCAGGUGAGAUUUUACUGUCGAAAGUCUAGUGGGAAAACCGAAAGAAAAGACUGAAAACAGAUUGAGAUGGAAGAGCUGGGGAGGGGCAUAACAUUGUCUGAGUAUUCAGGGUCCUUGGAGAAUGUAGGGAGAGUCAAGUGCAGGGCCGUUGCCACUCGUCCUAACACACACCCACCACGCCAUGUACACACUGCCUCGAAGCAAAGUAAUUUCAUAAAUUUUACAUAAAGUUAAGUGAAACAAAGAUGCCAAGAUUUCAUGUGUCAUGAAUGGUGUAUUGUGUAAUGCACAAACUCCAAGAAACUGUCGCAGGCUGUGACUGGUUCAGUUGUAACUGUCGCAGGCUGUAGCUAGUGCAGUUGAAACUGUCGCAGGCUGUGACUGGUGUAGUUGUAACUGUCGCAGAUUGUGAUUGAUUCACUUGUAGCUGUCGCAAACUGUGACUGGUUCAGUUGUAGCUGUCGCAGAUUGUUAUUGGUGCAGUUGUAACUGUCGCAGGCUGUAGCUGUCGCAGAUUGUGAUUGGUGCAGUUGUAACUGUCGCAGGCUGUAGCUGGUGCAGUUGUAGUUUUCGUAGGUCGUAACUGGUUCCGGCAUGAAUGGUUCGAGCUAUAAAUGGCUAAGUCUGACUGGUUCAGGCUGCGAAUGGUUCGUGCCAUGACUAGUUCGGGCUGUGACUAGUUCAGGCUGUUACAGGUUCAGGCUGUUACUGGUUCAGAUUGUUUCUGGUUCAGUCUGGGACUAGUUCAGGCUGUGACUGGUUCAUUAAAUCAAGUAAUGACUGGAAUAUACUGAUUUGUGUAUUUGUAUAUCAAACACAAACCCUUCAUCAGCAAAUCAGUAUGACGUUUUAGGAAAGUUAACUUGGAUUAGUAUAGCAUUCUUCAGUAUUAGAUGGACGUGGCACAACAGUACAUCUAGAGGAAAUCAACAAUUUAUUGUAAGUUAGAUCACCUUUUUAGACAGAUUAAACAACUUUAGAAAAAACAUAGACUGUUCUUGUUCAUUCCAGUUAUUUUUCAAACUAGGGAUGUGAGUGAAUCGUAGGUGGGUGAUCGCUAGGUGUGAGAGUGUAUAUAAUUGUUUCAUGUUGUCUUGAGUGGUAUCAUGAUUUGUGUACAGCGCUUCUUAGGUACGGGGAACGUUGGCACGGCCAGCUCUGUCUUCACCUCAUUCAUCUUCCAGUUUUACAUUACAAAUCUUUUGAAAACUAAAUUGACAAAACUUUACAAGGUUUACGAAUAUUGCAGAGGAUUGCCAUUAUCUCAACCAACGUAAGCUAAGAUAUACUUAGCUAAAGAAAAAGCUGUGGCAGUAGGUAACCACAGGUACAAGGUUGCCUGAAAUCAAUAAUAAAGAAUUACCAGAAAUAUAUAU